AUGGACAUCGGAAAAACAGGCCCCCUUGAGAUGAACUGCGCCUCGCCUGUAAAGAGGACGAGAGCAGGUGGCAGCAGCCGGGGGGAGGUGACAAAAAUCCGCGAUAAAGUCGGACAAUAUCCGGAAAGCCAAAGUUGUGAAAGGAAGAAGCAUCAACCUGGCGUUGUCUCACAGGGGCCGGCAAGCAUUGAAGCAUGUUGGAAUGGAGGAGAAGAUUGUCUCCAAGGGGAUUCCCAUGUAUGCAAGAAUGAUCCAUUCCGUGAGUGGGAAACAGUUUGCAAUCCCUUAUGGAAGGAAAGCCAGUACAUCCUGUCAGUAGACCGUGCCAAUCUAAACAAAGAGCUGCUAACAGAAGCAGAGACAUAUCCAAACACAAAGUUGAACUUUGAUCACAAACUGCAGGAUUGGAGUGCUGAAACAGGGCUAAUGACCUUUGCCAGGUCGGAUGGGUCCAAUGAGCACAUCAAGGCGGACCUGAUUGUAGGCUGUGAUGGAGCUUUCUCCGCCAUCCGGAAGCAAUUCCUUCGGCAAAGCCGCUUCAACUACAGCCAGACCUACAUCCCCCACGGUUACAUGGAGCUCAGCAUGCCGCCCAUCAACGGAGAGUUCGCCAUGAAGCCUGAUUAUCUGCACAUCUGGCCACGAAACACUUUCAUGAUGAUCGCCCUGCCCAACUUGGACAAGACGUUUACCUGUACCCUCUUCAUGCCCUUCGAGGAGUUUGAGAAGAUCACCACAGGAGAUGAAGUCCUUGAGUUUUUUCAGGAAUACUUCCCCGACACCAUAGCACUUAUAGGAGUCGACGCUCUGAAAACGGAUUAUUUCCGAUUGCCUGCGCAGGCCAUGGUGUCUAUCAAGUGCUCCCCAUAUCACACUGGAGACAAAUGUGUCCUUAUGGGAGACGCAGCCCAUGCAGUGGUGCCUUUCUAUGGGCAGGGGAUGAACGCUGGAUUUGAAGACUGCAUAGUCUUUGACGAAAUAAUGGAUCAGCUCAAUGAGGAUUUCAGUGCUGUACUGCCUGAGUAUACCAGAGUGCGAGUACCAGACGACCACGCGAUUGCAGACCUGGCCAUGUACAACUACAUUGAAAUGCGAGCCCAUGUCAACUCCAAAUGGUUCCUUUUUCGAAAACACCUUGAUAACAUCCUCCACUUCCUCAUGCCAAAGACAAUAACUCCACUUUACACAAUGGUCACUUUCACUAGGACGAGGUACCACGAAGCCGUGGAAAACUGGCAAUGGCAGAACAAAAUGGUAAACCGUGGCCUGCUGUUCAGUGCUACAGGAGCGGUUUUGGGAGGCUCCUACCUGCUCAUUAAAAAUCCCCCAGAUAUCAACAAGCUCCUGGUCCCGGCUGAGAAGAUGUGGGACAGGCUUGUGGCCCUCUGGACCCACUGAGCUCUCUGAUCCGUCAAGAGGAUCCACAUGUUAACUGACAAAUUGAGGCUCUGCAAGGCAAGGAAU